CUGUGCACGCUGCUGGAGGAGCUUCACAGCGAUGUGUCGCGGAUUUUAAACACACUGUGACAUACAGUGGUGGAAGGAGGGAGAUCGCGCCGUACUGGAUCGUAUACUGCAACACUUCUUACUUAUGCAAUGAGUCCGACCGUUUUCAUUCUGAUCCAAUGUAUCUGACGAUUCAGUUUCCACGCGCGAUGCUCUGACUGCCGUGUGUUUGUUUAUAUGGAGACACCCUAAAAAACAGUCAACCGGGAAAUGGUAACACAUGAACCUCCUCACUGGAAGGAACAUGGUUGAGAGGAGCAGUAAAUUUCUGUUCAUCGUUGUCGGCUCGGUUCUGUUCAUGCUGAUUUUGUAUCAGUACGUGGCUCCGGGGAUGAUGAACUUCGGCUCUCCGCACGGGUACAUGCUGGAAGACGAUGCGGAUCUCUUCCCGACUCCUGAUCCACAUUACGUGAAGAAAUUCUAUUUCCCCAUCAGGGAUCUGGAGAGGACUGUGGAUUUUGAAAUCAAAGGGGAUGAUGUGAUCGUGUUCCUCCACAUCCAGAAGACCGGUGGCACCACGUUCGGGAGGCACCUGGUCCAGAAUGUCAGGCUGGAGGUUCCGUGCGACUGUAGACCGGGACAGAAGAAGUGUACCUGUUACCGACCCAACAGGAAAGAGACCUGGCUCUUCUCUCGGUUCUCCACCGGUUGGAGUUGUGGCUUACACGCGGAUUGGACCGAACUGACCAACUGCGUACCGGGGGUUUUGAACAAAAAGGAGAACAGGAUGAAAAACCAAAGGUAAGCCUCUACAUCCAGUUUUCAUUAAAUGUCAUCUGAUGUCUGAAUUUCAUGUCCUUGUCUCGUCUGAGCUUACUGAUUCCACCCACACAAACAAGGACAACUU